CGCGGUUCAUAUCUAGAAACAUUACAUACAGACAAACUCAAUCAUCAAAAUGCCUUCAAGCACAAGAAUUAUGGCACCUCAAAUCAAGAAGACAGGAAGGAAAGUCAAAGUCAGAAAUAUUCCUGCUGAAAAGCUUCCAGUUUACGAGCCGAACAUACCAGAGCCGACGUCCAGAGAGGAGCUGCUUAACUACUGGCUCAAUAUUUCACUGGACGAACGAUCUGCCAAUAAACUGCUGUGGCUGACAGAGGGCGGGGCUAAAGUGUCCCGCAUGACAGAUGAGGUGUGUCCUUACCUGGACAGGCCAGAGAGAUUUGACCACAGCCCUCAGGUGCUGUGUAAGGAGUCUGUCUGGGCGUCGCGCUGUUAUUGGGAGGUGCUGUACUCUGGCUGGGUGGUUAUAGGAGCAGCAUAUGAGGCUGCUGGGAGGAAGGCAGGCGACGGUCCCUGUGGCCUCGGGGAGAACGAGGAGUCGUGGGGUCUGGGUUGGGCCGGAUCCUGCUAUGACGCCUGGCAUAAAGGAAUCAACAGCAGGGUGGCAGACGUGCCUCAGUGCUGCACUAUAGGCGUGUAUGUAGAUCAGCCCGCGGGUCUGCUCUGCUUCUACACCGUGGAGACAGAGGAAGAUUCAAAGAAAAAGGAAGUGAAACUUCUUCACAGGUUUAAAAAUCCCAUAAAGGAGAAAAUUCUGCCAGGUUUCUGGGUGGGAAGACAGUCCUCUUGCUUAAUACUCAAGAAAGAGGAAUGAGGGGGAGACUUUAUUUUACACUGUAAAACGUCAUAUGACUUUAUAUAUAAAUUACUGUUCAUGUGUAUUUCAUUAUAUAGUCUGCUUAUGCCCUUUUGUAAUCCUACAUUUUCAGUUUCACAUAUGUCAUUUUGAAAAUGCACCAUGCAGGCCAUCAUACAUAGGGUUUUUUAAAGUCUAGAAUUAAUAUACACUCUUAAAAAUAAAGGUUCUUUAUU